AUGGCGCAGACAACCAACCUGCCAGGCGAUCUGAAGACGCUGAAAGAUGGAGUGGCUGGGCUCUACAACAGCCAUUCGCCCGUAGAUGAAAUAAGAGCCAACGUGAAGCGGUUCUACGCGCACGACGUGCGAUUCGAGGAUCCGAUGACGGCCGUGCCCACGAGCCGACUCCUCUUCAUCCAGUUCGUGCUGCUGCGCUACCUGUUCCACAGCUACUGGUCGCUGGAGAAUCACGCUCUCUUCGAUGAGGCGCGCAGGACGCUGGUGAUCGAUCACCUCGUCUUCUACCGCUUCUUCUGGUUCCUGCCCUCCAUCACCAUUCGCACCUUCACCCUGCUCGUGCUCGAGAAGCGACGAAAGCCCAGCGGCAAUGGCGAUGAAGAUGAAGAUGAAGAUGGCCAGUGGGUCGUGGUGAGCCAUCAGGACCACUGGAGCUUCCGGUCCGUGCUCGAAGGCCUGCCCGUCGUUGGGUCCGCCUACCGCCUACUCAAAACCGUCUUUGGCUACCUCUCCUCCAUCGCUUUCGCCCUCAUCUUCCGCCAGGCUGCGCUACUCAAUUAA